CCAGAGAAUCGUCGCUUACAGAGAGCUCCGGCGAACGGGAAAUUGAUGUUCCGGUGAGAAUUUAGGGGAUACGGUUGUCCAGGAUAAGGGUUUAUCGUUUGGGAGUGACGUUUUGUUUUCUCCCUUUCGUCGUCGUCUGCGUGAGAGAUGUCCACAAAAUUUUGGGGUUUAAAUUGACAGAAGAAGAAGAUCCCGUUUCCCGGCUAUCUCAAGAACAUCUCCAUCUCCUGAGUAUUAUAAGUCGAUGAGUAGCUUCAACGGAGACUCCAUGGAUGAUUUCAAAGGCCUCCGGAUAACUCAGCUCGACGAUGAUGAAGAUGAGGAAACUGCAAUGGAACCCGUAAACAUUGAUGAAUUUGAUGAUGAUGAUGAUGAUGAUGAUGACGAAGAUUAUGAGCCUGUGACGUUAGGUUUCGUUGAGAGUCCUCGGUUCCCUUGGUCGAAUCUUCGUCAACUGUUCCCUAAUCUAGCUGGUGGUGUUCCGGCAUGGUUAGAUCCAGUUAAUUUACCGUCAGGGAAGUCAAUUCUGUGUGAUCUAUGUGAAGAGCCUAUGCAAUUUGUACUGCAACUCUAUGCUCCUAUCAUGGACAAGGAAUCAACUUUUCAUCGGUCGUUGUUUCUCUUCAUGUGUCCAUCAAUGUUAUGUCUCCUCCGUGAUCAACAUGAGCAAUGGAAACGUUCCCCCGAGAAGGCUUUGCGGAGUAUGAAGGUUUUCCGUUGCCAAUUGCCUCGCGUUAAUCCUUUUUACUCGAGUGAGGCUCCAAAGCACGAUGGAACAGACAAGCCAUUGGGAAAUGGAGCUCCUCUUUGCACGUGGUGUGGAACGUGGAAAGGAGAUAAACUAUGUAGUGGCUGCAAAAGUGCUCGAUAUUGUUCACCGAUACACCAGGCCCUGCAUUGGCGCAUGGGUCAUAAAUCCGAAUGCCAACAGCUUCGAGCGGUUAUUGAGACAUCUGACUCAGACCCUGUCAAUAAUAGGGUCGCCCUAACUCAAAAACAGAAAGUUGCGAGUAAGAGUCUAUGGAAAGAAUUUGUAGUGAUCCAUGAGGAUGAAAGUGAGUAUGAUACAGAGAUGUCCGGAGAUGAUGAAAUAGCUAAAUCUUUGGUCUCAAAGAGAGAAGUUAACGACCAAAUGCAAUCGCUAAUGAACGAUUAUGAGGGAGAUGCUGAUAAAAAGAUUUGGGUUGAUUUCCAGCAACGUGUAGCUAAAGCCCCUGAACAAGUUCUAAGAUAUUCCCGGAGCUCUGGUGCUAAACCUCUUUGGCCAAUGGCAAGCGGACGAGCCUCUAAAUCUGAGAUACCCAAUUGCAAAUCUUGUGGUGGUUCUCUUUGUUUUGAAUUUCAGGUAAUGCCGCAGCUACUGUUCUUCUUCGGCGGGAAGAACGAUAGGGAAUCUCUCGACUGGGCAACAAUUGUGGUGUACACGUGUGCGAACUCAUGUGACUCGAGCUUAAGUUACAAGGAAGAGUUCGUCUGGGUUCAACUAUAUAGUCAGACAACUUAGAAUCUUGUCCUCUGUUUCUGUUCCCUGCUGGCUGUUGCCUCGAAAGUUUCGUUCCUAAAGAAUCCGAUCGAACCGAACCUAGUAUUUGUAAACUUUUCAUGGGUUUGUUUGUUUAACGAUCUCUAUAAAGAUUUCUGUGAAAAAGGUAAAUUUUAAAAAUUGCUUCACC